GUAAUGAAAUGUAUUAUAAACAAGUACAUCUUGUGAAUUCUUUAUUUUGUUUUUCUCUCUUUAUAAUAGAAUGAUUUAGUGUCAAUGAUGCUUAAAUGAAUAUGCUUUAUCUGAGAUAGCUAUGUUACCGAAUCGAAGACUAAGGAUGUGGUUAUAGAAAACGUCAGUUCGUUAACUGUAUGUAUUGAAAAAAGAGUUUUCCGGUAAGGCCAUUUGUAUAUAUUUUUGUUGGCCCAUAAUUAACACAUGAUUUAGAGUGUGUAAUAGAAGACAUGGUUGAACGCUUGCCUCGAAAUCAAGUGUUUAUUAAAAGUUUGAAGGAAAAGGGGUGUUUUCUAUUAGGCUACGCGAGGAAAUCCACCAGUAAAAAAGAUGACCAAACACGCGUACGUUUACUUGAUCAAAUGUGCAAAAACUUGAAAGAGAGACUACUGGUGAGAUGAAGAAUUAUAAACAGGGUACAAGAAAAGAGAAAAUUUGUUGCCACAAAUAGAUGAAAUGAUGACAUGCAGGAGAAAAUAUGCACUGUUGCUAUCGAUUUUGCGGGCUUAACGACAAAUCAGGAGGAUUGAAAUGUCUUAA